CAAUCUGAAACACGUGUCAGGAGUUGUGACCGGAAUUUACCUUUCAUAACUCGGCCUAUUUGGGACAUUGCAUCAAAUAUUGACUCUAUGCUACGAGUCACAAGUUAUAGUUGUGUAACCGAUGAUUUUUAAUAUAUAAAUGCACAGAAUUUUCUGCUAUUAAAGUCAAAUUCUCUGGACGUGCUUGCACCUCGUCUAAGAAACCUCACAUCCAUUAAGAAUAUUAACAACCUCUACAUUUGAUACCUAUACAAUCAACAACCAUUUUCCGUGAACAUAGACUCCUGUUAACUCCAUCACCUUCAUUAAGGAUGACCAGUAUACUGAAAACCAUUGGCUCUGUUGUGUCUUCCAAGGGUCUGGACAAGCCUGCAUAUGAAGUGCUUAGCUCAGAAAAGAAUUAUGAACUGAGACGAUAUAGUCCAGCUAAGUGGGUUAGUUACACUGUCAAAUCGAUGAAGAAGAAGGAAGCCCAGACUGAAGGCUUCUGGAAAUUGUUUAAUUAUAUUCAAGGGGAAAAUGAGAAAGAAAUGAAGGUAGAAAUGACAGCCCCAGUGUCAACCAGGGUAGAACCAGGAGCCGGGCCAAAUUGUGAGAGCACCUUCACCGUGUCCUUCUUCAUACCGCCGGAGCACCAGGAAAAUCCGCCUCAACCCAAAAACCCUAAUGUCUUCAUUGAGGAGCGACCAGGUUUUGAGGCUUACGUAAGGAGUUUCGGAGGAUUUGCUAAUGAGGACUCAUGGGUAACGGAGGCGAAGAAACUUUCCGAGGACUUGAAAGAGAAGACCAGUGAAAUCCGCCAGGACUUUUGGUACACUGCAGGGUAUAACAGUCCGUUCCAGUUGUUUGGUAGAACCAAUGAGAUUUGGUUUGUUAAAAAGUGAACAUGCAAUGAUCAAAAUAAUAUGGAUGAGAAAUUAGUGACUCAUGAUUUAUGAUGGUGAUUUUGUUUUUUUAUUCUUGCAAUCAAUUAACUGUAUAAUAUGGUGCUAGUGGUGGUUGAAUUUUUCUUCUUAAUCAUUUGUGAGUGUAUGAAUUUUUGUGUCAUUUUCUGAAUUUCUAUGUGCCUUGUUUAAAACUUUUUUCAAAACAUGUAUUAAUGUCUUGUUAAUCAUGCUCAUGUCCACAUAAUUCAUCAUGAACAACUUGUAUGCACAAGCAAACUAUUUUUAUUUUUUUAUAUAUUUUUAUACAGAUAACUAAAUAUUUGUUGUAUUUUGAUGAUUUGUCAUUUAUAUAAAGUUAUGAAUUCAGAAAAAAAAGAAUUACAUAAAUCUAGAAAUUUUAAGUUUCAUCAUUAAUUUCUUUUGUUGAAUAUUUAUAAAACUUAAGAUCAAGAUCUAGUAAAUGAUUCCAGAGUGUCUAUUUGGUGCUAGAAUCAUUUUGACAUCAUAAUUGAUGUGAAGAAUCAUUUCUCUUACUUAAAAGCUUUAAAGGAAUUAUGUAGAAAAUGAAACAUUUUCUUGACAUUUUAUGUUAAAUCAUUGGAAAAGUAAUCCCGAAACCUUUAUUCAAUUUAACAUCAUUUUAAAGAAGAGGUUGAGAGCUUGUUUAAGUACGUUUUCGGAGAGACUGUAGGCAUUCUAAAUAUACUUUAUUAAUCAAAAAUAGACAAAAUUCCGAAAUGUGUUCCUUAUAUAUUUUCUUCCUAUUUUCAUUGAAAAUGACAGUUUAAAACAUCUUUUUUCAUUGUGUUUACCAAAUAUUUUAGCCCUGGUACACCCUAUCAAAACUCGUACUAGUAUAUACGUCCCUGUUGUUAUUAAGCAUCAUUAGAAGAAUUUAUAACUUAAUAGAUCUUGAACUUAAUAUGAUAUUAUUGAUUUUAAUCUCAUUCUUCAGGGUACAGAAACUGAAUAAAAUUAAAUUGAAACAUUGGA